AUGGCAGCCAAUGAGAAGGUCUCUAAGCAGUCCAGCCGGCCCCCGAGGAGCCAACCACAGUCCACAGAGGAGGAAUGUCUCAGCAACAAGAAGAGACAGGAAGACCCUCCCACAGAGACCCGCCACUCCUCCACCUCUCUCCUCCCUGGCCUCCCUUCCCCUUGCCCCACGCCUCUCGUUGAUGAAGAGGUCGCCAUCACACUGUUUCCUGAAGUCUCUGUGUUCGGGGACAGAGAGCUGGUCCAUCUCGCACCUCCUAAAAGCUCUGCCUCCAAGCUGUGUGACUCCACCCCCCUGCCACGCCUGUUGGAACCAACCAGAGAAGUCCAGGUCCGUCCAGUCCUUCCACCCCAUGAGCUCAGAACCACACACUCCGAUGGGGCGGAACUCGACAACAGCCACCUCCACGACGACGGUUGUCACGAUGACCACGUUCACCCUCAUCGCCUCGGCAACAAUGAUCGGUUAAAAAAGCUGCAGAUGUUCUACUCCUCGGAGACGAAGGGCGGAGUUUCUCCCAGAAUGAUCCUGGAGACCACAGAGGCUCGCCCCUCGGACAGAGAACACUUGGCAGGUGCCAUGGAAAUGGCACAAACUGCCCCGCCCCCUCUCCCCCAGCUACGGAAUGCUGGGCUGAAGGAGGGAGGCGGGGGAGGAAGGGGGGGGAAGGUCACAUGGGUGGGCCACAUGGUACGGCCGCAGGGCACCACAGGGCUGCUGGUCAACGGGACCAAACCCCCGGCCUUCCCCUCCCAUAGACAGCACGCUCUGGUCAUCAAGAGCCUUCGCCAGGAGAAGGCGAGGAGAGGAGGAGGGGGAAGAGGAGGAGGGAUGAGAGGAGGAGUGCAGCGUAACUCUGUUCAGCUGCGUCAGUCCUUACAGCGUCGAGUAGCUGACCUGAACCUCCCUCUGCUCCCAGCAGCCCCGCAGAGACCAUAUUGACCUAUUAACCUAAGACACUAACCCUACAGAAAUACAGAGACCCUACUGACCUACUGAGACCCUACUGACCUACUGACCUACAGAGACCCUACUGACCCUGACCUAAAGAGACCCCACUGACCCUGACCUACAGAGACCCUACUGACCUACAGGGACCCAACUGACCUACAGAGACCCUACUGACCUACAGAGACCCUACUGACCCUGGCCGACAGAGACCCUACUGACCCUGACCUACAGAGACUCUACUGACCUACAGAGACCCCACUGAUCCUGACCUACAAAGACCCUACUGAGCCUGACCUACAGAGACCCUACUGAGCCUGACCUACAGAGAUCUACUGACCGACCUACAGAGACCCUACUGAUCUACUGACCUACAGAGACCCUACUGACCUACUGACCUACAGAGACCCUAAUGACCUACAGAGACCAUACUGACCUACAGAGACCUUACUGACCAACUGACUUACUGACCUACAGAGACCCUACCGACCCUAACCUACAGACCCAAUGAGACCCUACUGGCCGACGGACCCUACUGACCUACAGGGACCCUACUGACCUAUUUACCAACAGAGACCCUACUGACCUACAGAGAACCUACUG